CAAUGUCUCUCUAAAACCCCAAAAAGUUUCCGCCCAGCAGAAUCAAGAAGCUUUGCUCUGUAGUUUCUUCUAGGGCUGCUUCCGAUUCCGACGACCGAUUUCAGUUCCAUGGCUUCGGUUGCUCUCCGACACACCACCUCCAAGCGUCUCCAUGCCCUCUCGUCUCCACUUUCAUGGUGUUGCAGAGGAUCCGCUUCCUCCCAUUCCUCCAUCUCCGAAUUAAUUUCCAGAGACGAUGCAACUUCGAGUCCCGUUCCUUGGUGGAGAUCCAUGGCCACCUUCACUCGCACAAAGCCUCACGUGAAUGUGGGGACAAUUGGGCAUGUUGACCAUGGAAAGACUACACUGACUGCAGCCAUUACGAAGGUUUUGGCCGAGGAAGGCAAAGCUAAGGCUGUGGCAUUUGAUGAAAUUGAUAAAGCCCCAGAAGAGAAAAAGAGAGGAAUCACCAUUGCAACGGCUCACGUAGAGUAUGAGACUGCCAAGAGACAUUAUGCACAUGUAGACUGUCCAGGACAUGCUGAUUAUGUUAAAAACAUGAUUACUGGUGCUGCUCAAAUGGAUGGUGGUAUUCUUGUUGUGUCUGGCCCUGAUGGUGCCAUGCCUCAGACCAAGGAACAUAUUCUACUAGCACGUCAGGUUGGUGUUCCAUCACUUGUGUGCUUUUUGAAUAAAGUUGACGCUGUUGACGACCCUGAAUUGUUGGACCUUGUGGAAAUGGAGCUUCGUGAACUUCUUAACUUCUACAAGUUCCCUGGUGAUGACAUUCCCAUCAUUAGAGGUUCUGCUUUAUCGGCAUUACAGGGUACAAAUGAAGAAAUUGGUAAAAAGGCUAUUCUAAAGUUGAUGGAUGCUGUCGAUGAGUACAUUCCUGACCCUGUUCGCCAGCUUGACAAGCCUUUCCUGAUGCCAAUUGAAGAUGUUUUCUCUAUUCAGGGUCGUGGAACUGUUGCUACUGGACGUGUUGAGCAGGGAACUAUUAAAGUUGGUGAAGAAGUUGAAGUUCUAGGGUUAGCUCAGGGACCUCCUUUGAAAACUACUGUUACUGGUGUUGAGAUGUUCAAGAAAAUCUUGGAUCAAGGACAGGCUGGUGAUAAUGUGGGUCUCCUUCUCCGUGGUCUAAAAAGAGAAGACAUUCAACGCGGGCAGGUUAUUGCAAAGCCUGGAAGUCUGAAAACUUCCAAGAAAUUUGAGGCCGAGAUAUAUGUCCUCACGAAAGAGGAAGGUGGCCGACACACUGCUUUUAUGUCCAACUAUAGACCUCAGUUUUAUAUGAGAACUGCAGAUAUCACUGGAAAGGUUGAAUUACCUGAAAAUGUUAAGAUGGUUAUGCCCGGUGACAACGUGACAGCAACUUUUGAAUUAAUUUCACCCGUUCCCCUGGAAGCAGGACAAAGAUUUGCCCUAAGGGAAGGUGGUAGAACGGUUGGUGCUGGAGUAGUUUCUAAAGUUCUCAGCUGAGGGGGGAGGUACUGCAAGCCUUGAUCUUUGAAAUCUCUUUCUAUACGCAUUGCAAAGGUGUGCCAAACAAUUUUUUUUGAAGAUUCUUGACAAAAUGGCGCCAUUCGACAUUAUUUACUGAGUCGGUGUUGAUGAGUUACUUGUUUUAGGCACUUGAGAGAUUAUUAGGAUGUUGUGUUAAAUUUGCAUAAAUUAAGGAAGUUCCAUUUUACUGUUCUCAUAGAGCACAAGCCAUCAAGAUGAUCUUCAUCUUCAUCUCUUCUUUCCCAUUUUAAGUUGAUUGCCAAUAAUUUUCUAGCUGAACAUAAUUUAGAGUACAUAAAUGGUGAUGGCAUAGUCAUGCACUUCAGGUUGACUUAUUUCGUUGAAGAUUUAUUUAAAUUACAUGUUUCUCUUUUUA